UUUUUAAUACAAAUUAACCUGGAACGUGGAUUUGUCUUUGAUUCAUUGUGAUUAUAUGUGUCAUUUUAUUUUGUGAAUAAAUAAAUAUGGCACCGAAGCAAAAGUUCGCUGAAGGUGAGAAAGUAUUGUGUUUUCACGGUCCUCUGAUUUACGAGGCAAAAUGUCUAAAAAGCAGCGUUACUAAGGACAAACACGUCCGUUACCUAAUACAUUACGCAGGAUGGAACAAAAAUUGGGAUGAGUGGGUUCCCGAAAGCCGUGUCUUGAAGUAUAACGAGGCUAAUGUGCAGAGGCAGAAGGAAGUGCAGCGGGCGCAUUCAGCCCAGCCCGCAAAGACCAAGAAAACUCCGGCAAAGGGUCGUAAAUCUGAAUCAGCUGCAACAGCAACACCCGGAAAGGAGGAGGCAGCCACACCAGCCGCGGCCACCAAGGGACGCAAGUCGGAGGCGGCACGCGACGAAUCCCGGGCUUCCACCCCCGCUGGUAAAGAUGCUGAGACCUCGGCGGCGGGUAAGGCCAGCAAGACCUCCAGCAAGGACACGCCUGCUGACUCCGGCUCAGACCAGCCCAAGAAAAAACGCGGCCGCCUUGACCUAUCCAUCGAAUCCGAAGAGCAAUACCUAGCCAAAGUGGAAGUGAAAAUCAAAAUCCCCGAAGAACUAAAAGUCUGGCUAGUCGACGACUGGGAUGUCAUCACAAGACAGCAGAAACUGGCCAUCCUCCCGGCCAAACUCACCGUUGAACAAAUAGUCGACAACUACCUAGCGUUCAAGAAAUCCAGCAAAACCCAUAACCAAGCGAAAGAAUCCGUCUUAGUGGAUAUUACUGACGGUAUCAAAGAAUAUUUCAACGCUACAUUAGGAUCUCAAUUGCUGUAUAAGUUCGAAAGACCUCAAUACAGUGAGAUAUUGCAGGAAUACCCGGAUACACCGAUGGCACAGAUAUAUGGCUCUAUACAUUUGCUCCGGUUGUUUUCUAAGAUGGGUCCAAUGUUGGCAUAUACAGCGCUCGAUGAAAAAUCUCUGCAACAUGUUUUAACGCAUAUACAGGACUUUUUGAAGUAUAUGGUGACGAAUAGAUCGACGUUGUUCAAUCUUCAAGACUAUGGAAACGCUACCCCAGAGUACCACAGGAAGGUACAAUAGUAUUUACAUUGUAGGUG